CUAGACUAGCCGGAACCCUAAGGCGGGACGGGACCGAACGUACGAGGCCCGUUUCCGGCGCGUAGGGGGCUUGUGAGUGCCGGGCGGUCCUCGGGGAGGCUCAGGGAGGCAGAGCCGUGUGUGCUCGCAGUUGCGUUCCGGUCACAAGCUGAACGCCAGCGCCGGCCUGUGGGUGCCACUCAUGCGUGUCACAUGCGCUGCAUACGCAGUCAGGAGCCACGCUGCUUCAGCUCAGCCCAUCUCCCAGCUAGAGAACGCCUGGGUUGGAGGAAAAGGAGCAGGAAACACAUUACCCCCUUGCCAGCCUGGAAGUUGGGAGUUCCAGCCUCCGCCUUUGACCACUUCCUAAUUGCCAGCAGGUUACUCAGCCAGGACGUGUGGAUGCCCAGCCACGCAGCCUCAUGGAUCCUGGGGUGCUGGUGUGUGUUCUUUCAGGAGGCGGUGACAUUUGGUGAUGUGGCUGUGCACUUCUCCCGGGAAGAGUGGCAGUGUCUGGACCCUGGCCAGAGGGCCCUGUACCGGGAGGUGAUGCUGGAGAACCACAGCAGCGUGGCUGGACUAGGAUUCCUGGUCUUCAAGCCUGAGCUGAUCUCGCGGCUGGAGCAAGGACAAGAACCAUGGGUCCUCGACCUGCAGGGAGCAGAAGGAACAGAGGACCCAAGGACUUCCCAGACAGAUUUUGUGAUGAGGACUGACAAUAAGCAGGCUUGUAAGGACGUGGACGUUCUAAAAUCAGAAUCCCAUGGGAUAAUGGUGAGAAUCCCACCACAGGAUUUUCCUCAGAGUCCUGGCUUCAGAGACACUCUUCAGUCUGAGGUCCAGUCAGAGAAUCAUCUGGGUACUCCUGAGCUGAGAGCGACGGGCUCUCUCUUCCAGAAAAACUAUUUGAAUAAGGAGACUGUAACUCACAAAACCUUUACCAAAAAUACUGCUCAGGGACGAAAAGAGCUGGGGGGCGGUGGCCUGGAUUGUCAGUCUGAUAAAAGUCAGAGAGAACGAGCAGGAGGGGCAUCCCAUAGGUGCGAAGUGUGUGGCAGAGCUUUCAGAGCCACAGCAGAGACUGCUCUGCAUUUGGUAAUUAAUACACAGAAGAAACCUAACAGGUGUCGAGAAUGCCAAGAAAAACCACCUGGCUGCUUGCAGGGAAGACAUCUGAGUAACUGCCAGGGAGAGAAGCCAUAUGCAUGUGAACAGUGUGGGAAAGUCUUCAGGCUGUGCUCACAGCUGAAUCAGCAUCAGAGAAUUCACACUGGAGAGAAACCAUUUAAAUGCAUCGAGUGUGGAAAAUCUUUCCGCCUGAGCUCAAAACUUAUUCAGCAUCAAAGAAUUCAUACUGGAGAGAAGCCCUAUAGGUGUGAGGAAUGUGGAAAAGCCUUUGGUCAGAGUUCAAGCCUCAUUCACCAUCAGAGAACCCAUACAGGAGAGAGGCCCUACAACUGUCGGGAAUGUGGGAAAGCCUUCAGUCAGCAGUCUCAGCUGGUCAGACACCAGAGAACUCACACUGGUGAGAGACCCUACCCAUGCAAGGAAUGUGGGAAGGCCUUCAGCCAGAGCUCAACCCUAGCUCAACAUCAGAGGAUGCACAGCGGGGAGAGAGCUCAAAUCCCAAGAUCCUCAGACAGUCCAAGCCUUGUUGCACAUCAAAGAGUUCACACUGUAGAGAAACCGUUCAAGUGUGAUGAGUGUGGGAAAGCCUUCAGGUGGAUCUCUCGCCUUAGUCAGCAUCAGCUAAUUCACACAGGAGAGAAACCUUAUAAAUGCAACAAGUGCACAAAAGCCUUUGGUUGUAGUUCACGACUUAUUCGCCAUCAGAGAACUCACACUGGAGAAAAACCGUUUAAAUGUGAUGAGUGUGGGAAAGGUUUUGUCCAGGGUUCACACCUUAUUCAGCAUCAGCGAAUCCACACUGGAGAGAAACCAUAUGUGUGUAAUGACUGUGGGAAGGCCUUUAGCCAGAGCUCCAGCCUUAUUUACCACCAGAGAAUCCAUAAGGGAGAAAAGCCCUAUGAAUGCCUUCAGUGUGGAAAAGCCUUCAGUAUGAGCACACAACUCACCAUACACCAAAGGGUGCACACUGGAGAGAGACCCUAUAAAUGCAAUGAGUGUGGGAAAGCCUUCAGUCAAAACUCAACCCUUUUCCAACACCAAAUAAUUCAUGCAGGAGUGAAGCCUUAUGAGUGUAGUGAAUGUGGAAAAGCCUUCAGUAGGAGCUCGUAUCUUAUUGAACAUCAGAGAAUACACACCAGAGCCCAGUGGUAUUAUGAAUAUGGGAAUACUCUGGAAGGCUCCACAUUUGUGAGCCGUAAGAAAGUCACUGCUAUAAAGAAGUUGCAUCAGUGUGGUGACUGUGAAAAAAUAUUCAGGUGGCGCUCUCAUCUGAUCAUACAUCAGAGAGUCCACACUGGAGAGAAGCCCUAUAAAUGCAACGACUGUGGCAAAGCUUUUAAUCGGAGCUCAAGGCUCACUCAGCAUCAGAAAAUCCACAUGGGAUAGGCCAUUUACCUGUUUAUGUGAGUACAGAUGUGGUUAUAUCUAUACCUUUACUUUAAUGGAAUCAUUUUUACUGACAAUGUAGAAUGCUGGGAAAGAUUCAGAAUUGCUGUCUUGAGACUGUCCAACUUUAUACUAAAUGUAUGUUUAUUUGCUGGAACGUUUGACCUUACACAUUCAAUAAAGCCUAUGUUCCUCACAA